AUGUUGGAAAUCGGGGUUGGGAUUGGUGGAGUGGCGAAAUUUCCCGAUGCGGCACGGGUUGGUGUUGGGGGACCCCUCCUGUUGGAUCUCACUGCUGAGUUUCCCCCCGGCAGGUGGGUUGCGGCUGGCCUGCUCGCUCGAGCAGGGGUCUGUUGCUGCUCGUCUUCCAGUGACUCAGAGCUAGAGGUCGAGUCCUUAAAGCCCUCCGUCCCGCCUGCUGGUACACGUUCUCCGGACCGCCUCCUCGAGCCCUCCCGCCACGCCCAGCUGCUCGCCCUCCCCGGCCUGCAGCUCUACCUCCGCCGCGUCGGCCGCCCGUUGGGCGAGCGCUAUCAUCCCUCUGCUCCGAUGGAUCUCCUGGCUGCUCCUGAGCGCGGGUGUUCCGCGGUGAGCGAUCUCGCUCCCCGUCCGCUUCCUCCUGCACGUCCUGCCGCGAGCGUCCCUGUCGCUCCGAUGGCUGCCGCCGAUCAGAUUCGUCGCCGUUUCGAAGAUCAGCGGCCCGCGCCGGCGCCUGCGCGUGCGGAGUCCGUCGUCCGCUCCGACGCAGAGGCUGCGGCGCGCCGGGAACGUUCGCCUCGUCGCCGAUCGACAGUGGCGCGCGGUGACGGGCAGGAGAGCCACCGUGCGGAGCGUCACGCCGAGCAUCGGUCGCCUCGGAAGCCGCGAUCACCGCACUCACCACGUUCACCGCGCCGCGCGGCAUCGAGGAGCCGAUCUCCGGACCGCCGGUCGCGUCGUCACCGUUCGCCCGGUCGCCAAGCCACACACUAUCGAUCGCCUGCUCCGCACGUGUCUCGCCCGCGGUCCCCAUCUGCGCGUUCGCCGCGGCCGUCAAAGCGCCAGCGGCUCUACUCUCCUCGUCACGAGGGCCGAUCCCCUGUUCGCCAGCGCCAACGCGUCCCAUCUCGCCAGCAGUCGCCCGCUCACUCGAAUGCAAGUGGACGUGGGCGUCGUGGGCAGCGGGGAGGGUAUGGACGCGGCGGAACUGCGCGUCAAGCGCCGUCCGAGCUUGAGCGCGUUCUCCGAAGGUUGGACGGCGUGGAGAAAGCGCUCCACCGCUCGAACGCGGAGGCGUCAUCCCAUUCCGUGCCGCCGGCUGGCCCCGUCGUUCCUCUUGCUGCCCUCCUGCCGCACAACCCUGAGGGUUCCGUUGCGCGUCCUGGUCGUCCGCUGCCAGCAGGGGCUGGCUUCGUGGGCGCAGGUGGUGGGGAUCCCUGGGCCGCGUAUGCACCCCUGCGUCCUCGCUCCCCUCCACGUGAUCUCGCUGUGUCGUCCCGCCGAACGCGCGCCGCUGCUGUCCUUCCGCCGAUGAAGGAAGUGCCCACGGUGACCCUGGCGCGCUUGUGGUCGCUGGCGGAGAGCCUGCAGAGCCUUGAGCUGAUACUCCUGGAGUCCCAUGGCUCCAUGGCGGUGACCCCACCGAGCACAUUCUCUCAGAUGCCACGAGCACGGUGUCAUGCAGCGGCGUCAGCGCUAUUCUCGUACGUAUCGCCACUGCAGGUUGCGCCCUCGCCGGGAGUAGUCUCGGCCACCCAGCUGGCCGAGAAGGCCCUGGAUCUGAAGACGCUUGUUGGAUCUCGCGGAACUCCUGUUGACGUUGUCGGCGCCACCGCGUCAGUGGUCCGCCUGAUGUGGUUGACCACGCGCGAAACGCUUGGUGAGCUUGAGGCCGACCGCAUGUAG